CGAAAUUCCAAGUAAGUUGCAACCAAACACGUCCCAACUUUUUAACGUAUAUCGCUCUAGCUUCAUAGAGUUGUACGACUGCAUUUCUCUCCUCCUCACCGAUUUCCUCCUCGCAGCCGAUCUGAUCCGAAGCUCCAAUCGACGUAUACCUGGGGUUUCAAAGCAAACUUUAAAGCAAUUCUACAAAGGUCGAAGGUCUAACCAAUAAGAAAGAUGCCUCCGCAGAAAAUUGAAACCGGCCACAAUGAUGUUGUUCAUGAUGUGUCGAUGGAUUAUUAUGGGAAACGUGUGGCAACUGCUUCAUCCGACGGCACUAUAAAAAUAAUUGGUGUGAGCAACAACUCUUCCCAGCAUCUGGCUACUUUGACUGGUCAUCAAGGGCCAGUGUGGCAGGUAAUAUGGGCACACCCUAAGUUUGGCUCGACACUGGCUUCUUGUUCUUAUGAUGGUAAAGUCAUCAUCUGGAAGGAAGGUAAUCCGAACGAGUGGUCCCAAUCUCAUAUUUUCACUGACCACAAAUCAUCAGUUAAUUCCAUUGCUUGGGCACCCCAUGAGUUGGGAUUGUGUUUGGCCGGUGGCUCUUCGGACGGGAACAUUUCAGUCUACACAUCUCGAGCUGACGGUGGCUGGGAUACUACAAAAAUAGACCAAGCUCAUCCUGUUGGAGUGACCUCAGUUACAUGGGCACCUUCAAUGGCUCCAGGUGCGCUUGUUGGAUCUGGAAUAUUGGAACCAGUUCAGAAGCUUGCAUCCGGUGGCUGCGAUAACACAGUGAAGAUCUGGAAGCUCAACAAUGGUAUAUGGAAAAUGGACUGCUUCCCUGCCCUCCAGAAUCACUCAGAUUGGGUGAGAGAUGUUUCUUGGGCACCAAACUUGGGACUUCCAAAAUCAACUGUCGCGAGUGCUUCUCAAGAUGGUACUGUCGUGAUAUGGACCGUGGCCAAGGAAGGUGAUCAGUGGGAAGGUAAAGUCUUGAAGGACUUCAAGACUCCCGUCUGGAGGGUGUCGUGGUCUCUGACUGGAAAUCUCCUGGCUGUGGCAUCCGGCGACAACAAUGUCACGCUGUGGAAGGAAGCCGUGGAUGGGGAGUGGCAGGAGGUUUCCACCAUUGAUCAAUAGAAGUCUGGUGGGACUUUUAUCAGUUCAUGGUUGUCAUAUUCGAAAAAGUAUAAGACAUGCUUUGUUUGAUUUGAAGACCAAUGGGUUUCAGUUUUCAUGUACUUUAAAUUCAUUGUAGUUGAAUCAUUUUGUCUGCAUUAGAUGAUUAUGGUAAGAGAAUCAUUUCAGCCAUUCAGUAAGUCAAUUAUUUGGUGCUAGUUCACUUGUUUUUCCAUUGUGUAGUGAAUUGGGUUUGGUGAAAAUUUGAACAUGGUUUAUUCAUGUA